CACGCGACACAAAACAUAUACAGUGCGCACGGAAUAUGGCUGCCAACGAGCAUCAGCAGAAAGAAGAGGAGGAUGGGCACGAACCUGCUCAUCAUGCAAGGAGGCCCAUGAACGCUUUCCUUAUUUUUUGCAAACGACAUCGAGCUUCCGUACGUUCUGGCUUUCCUCAUCUAGAAAAUCGAGCAGUUACAAGAGUUCUUGGCGAAUGGUGGGCAAUGCUUUCGACAGAACAAAAGUGUGCAUAUACAAAUUUGGCUCAGGAGUACAAAGAUGCAUUUUUAAAUGCUAAUCCAGAUUUUAAAUGGUAUAAAUUACCAGCUCCUCCCCUUCGUACAUUAAAUACAAGGCCAACUAAUAAAAAGUCAGACUCUGCACAAUGUGAUGGUAGCUCCGAUAUUAUGAAAAGUGAUUAUCUGUCUGCGGAUUUAGCUAAAUUAGAUGAAGAUUCUAUACAACCCGGAAAACUAGCAGACGAAUCUCAAAUAGGAGGACUAAGUUCAUUAUUUACUCCACAAAAAAUAAAUAUUCAAGACUUUCAGUCAUCUAUUAAAAAUCCUGUCUUAGAGAAUGUGAAUACAGACACUCGUGAUGUUCCAAAACCACCUAAGAAACGAUAUUCUGAAUCACCUAUUUCAACCGACUCAAAAGAAGAUUGCAAAGCUGAUUUAUUUGGGAAUAAAAAGAACAGAUCAGAAUCAAACAAUAAUCAUCAGAUUACGAAUGUAGAAGAUGAACACGAUGAAAGUCAGAGUUAUAUCGAUGAUUCUUCGGUUGAAGAUAAUGAAUUUCGAGUUGAAAGGACUUGUAAAGGACUACGAUACCAAAAGUUUUUAGCUGACCAACUGACUCACCAAGCAAAGCAGCGUCGACUUUCGGGAUUACCAAGCAUCGAUCAACAUAAUAGAGAGAGAAGAAAUUCUAUUUCUUCAAAUGUCAGUGAAAAAACAGACUCUUUGAGCAGUGAAGGAACAAGUUCUCGUGGUGACUUGGAACAUCUGGUUGAAGGCGCCGAAGGCAAUUUGGAAGCAUCCAAACCUGAAGAAACUGAGACCGAAGGAUGCGAAAGACAUAUUGCAUGGAUGUCUCGCAAAAGGUUCAAGGCUGAGGAUUUUAAUCUCGAAAAGAAAAUUGAAGCACUACCAUCAUUAAGUUUAGAAGAGUUUCAAGCUAUGAAAAAGCAACAAAGAACAAAAAAAAAGAAAAUUAUCCAAAAAGUUGGAAGUUCGUUGAAGAAAUGUUAUAACGAAGAUUUUUUGGAUCAUGAGAGAAAUACAGAAUCGCAAAAGGAAACGGAAAAAUCACUUUUGGUUGGUAGUCAAAAAAGAAAAGCACGAAAACAAAGUAUAACGAGAAAUACAUUGACUGUUGAUUCUGCAAUUAUUAAUAAAGACCAAGUACCCAGUAAAUCAUGGUGCGCAUCACCAGAUCUCGAAGCUCUGGCUUGCUUAGCAGCAGUCGCCGCCAAUCGGACGAAGUUAACCAAGUCCUUGCACACGUUGAAGUUAAGGAGUCGUGGAUCUUUUUAUAAAAUAGAAUCGUAGAUCGGAGCCCUAACGAAAUAUAACUUAAGUGCUUAUAAAACAUGAAAAAUGUUUUUACAGC